GAUAAUUCCACAACGUUAUCAGUUAAAUUAAACAAUUACAGAAUGAUUUACAACAACAAUUAUUUUUGCAAUGUUUUCACACUGAACGAUAAAAAUAAAUACUAACAGGUUAAGAUAAAUUCGAGUCGCAAAAUAGACAAGAUUAUCGCAACGUCUGAUAAGAACGGGCGAUAAGAAAGAUUACCUAUAAACAACGAACAAUAAGUGGGCAAUGUUUGGCAACAUCGAUCCCAAACGAACAUGACUGCAGAUUAGUUAUUUAUGUGAGCAAAUAGCAUUAGGAAUAGUUUAGGAUGAACGCAAAACACAAAUAAAUGACGGCGCCGAGCAGCUGACUCUCCGCACGACAGGAACAAAACCAAAAAGAUGUCUUAAUUGAAUUGUCCGCGAUAACAGUAGAGGCUGCAGUCUAGUGUGUACGCUGAACAAAAAUGGGCUGCGUGAACAGCAAGGACAUAAACGACACGCACCCCAACAUAUUCCAGGUGGUGAACGUGAACGAUUCGGGGGUCACAAUCAGCCCGGGCAAGUUGCAGGUCACAGACACCGAACUGGUCUACUACCAGAAGGGCAAGGGCCCGGUGCGGUGGCCGCUGAAGACGUUGCGCAAGUACGGCUUCGACGCGGACGUGUUCAGCUUCGAGUGCGGCCGGCGCUGCGCCACCGGCGAGGGCAUCUACGCCUUCAAGACCCGCAAGGCGGAUCAGCUGUUCAACCUGAUGCAGCUGAAGACCAGCGUGCACAACGAGGGUGAGGGCGUCGCGCCCGACAAUCCGUCCCAAUUAGAUCCGCAGACCGUGGUCAGGCUGGACAGCAGGCCCGGCUCGAUUGUGGGGCUGCCGCCCACGUCUCCGUCGCCGCCUCCCGUCGAACAAACGGUGGAGCUGGAGAAGAACAACAACCGGUCCCAGGACAUCGUGUACAUAAACUUGGACGUGAACCGCAGGGAGACGCCUAACUACCAGAACGUGGAGGUGGCCUUCGACGACCCCAUGGACAACUCGCAUUCGUACGUGAACGUGGACGUGAAGGAGGUGGAGCACUGGGUGGACGAGGGACACUCGUACGCCAACAUCAACACCGACGACCUAGACCUGAGUGUCCCUCCGACACCCUCCUUCAUCACCACCAACAUCAACUACAUUGAAGUCGACCUAAAGACGACCGCCGCCAAGACGUCGACGAACACGGAGGCGACGCCCGACAGUUACGCGACCAUUGACUUUCAAAAAACCGUAGCGCUUUCGAACUCGAUCAACCCGAGCAAGGAGACGGAGGAGGGCAGCCGGAAAACGAGGCACAACUCGACCAUCAGCGAUGUAACGACGAGGCACAGCAACUCGCUCAGUGAUUAAGCCACAUCGAUCAAUUCUGUUCAUUUUGUGACUAAUCGUUCAAUAAGAUGUCACCUAUUUAAAUACCAAAGCAUAGUUCCAAAGUACCUGUAAGUAACCAACCAAAUGUUUUCUUGCCAAAUACACACAAACCAAAUAUUUUUUGUGACUUGCCUCUCAAAGAGACGUCCUUUUGGACCUGGUAGUUACGUUUUAAUUUAUUGUCUUCCAUGAUGACCAACAAGUACAUGCUCAUUGCUCACUGGCCGCAUUAAACAAAGAAUUUUAAGACUUGUUUUUACUAUAAAGUUUAUUGCACGAAAAUGGUUAUUGGUAUACAAUAUUGUUAGUGUCGAAACUUAGAAGUGGUUUAGGAUAAAUUAAUAACUGGGAGAGAUUUUAACAGUUAAUGUUGUCGACAAAGUUUAUGUGCUAUUGUGCACAUGAAUUUGGCCUUUUACACCUUCAUUUUUGAAGGUCCUAUUUGUUAUUUCAGAGCAACUCCACGAAAUAAGUAAUUGUAAGCAAAUUGUUUUGAUGUUGUGAUUUUUGUAAAUUUGAAAUUGAUUGUUAAGACUGAUUUUUUGGUAUAAUUACUGUUAGGUUACAAUUUAGAGAUUUGUAGUAUGUUAGAUCACUGGGGAAAAAUAGACAAAUUGUAAUGAUACUCAAUUAUAGAAAUAUUUUUCAUUUUCAAUUCAGUCACUUGUCUAUUUUUAACUAGUGUUAGUUAUUUUUGUUAUUUAUAUCCACACAUUUUAAAUGUUUUGGUGCAAUGUUAUUGUUAGAUGUUAAAAAUGAUUAUAAUUUUAGAUUGUAUGGUUGUAAACUAGUACGUGUGGCAUCUUAUUGAAGACAACUAGAUAUUUUUUUUUUAUCAGUUACAAAUGAUAAACGAUUCGAAACUAAAGAUAAGUUUCUGCAUGCCAAAGAUAUUUGUCAGUAAAUGUUUUUAAUUUAAAACAAAAAAGAGAAACUAUAUAUAUGAAAAUGACGUAUUAUUUUAGUAUGUUAUACAAAUUUACGGCAGAAAAUGAUUAUAGAAAUAUAAUUGAUUAUAUAUGUAUUUAAUUUUUAAUAAACGAUAUUUUAGAAAUUA